AAGUUUUUCGACUUGUAUUUGCUAUAAAUGUUGCAGGUAAGCAUUGAAUUUUUCAGUUGACAUAAUUUAAGUGGUAUUUGAAUAGUCUGUGUUCCAAUCUUAAAAGCUGUUGUUCUUGUGCCGUUGAUGCGGAAGAGUGUUUUGGGAGAGCCGGGGUUUCUCAAGGUGCCAAGGUGGCUUCUUUAAAUAGGUUUACUUUUGAGGCUGUAUCUUAACCUUCAGAUAGUUUGAUUAGAAGGUGGCGUUACUAAUUUGGUGCUUUAUGUCCUAUGAAAAUGGGGAGUAUUUAUUACUCAUGUUGUGGUUGCUCGUGUUUCUUGAAGCCUAGUGUUGUCCUUGUUUGGGGCGGCAUGGGUAAUGCCUAAACCGCAUUUCCUGGACAGUUUGGAUGGGGGUUGCAGGGAGAAGGAAAAGAAAUGGUGGUAUAGGUUGUAAGGCAGUACCGUUGUGCUUGAUGUGGUGUAACUGGGAUGAGCAUAAAAGCAGGAGCUUUUCAGGGAGUGGAGAUUUCAAUGACUAGUUCAAGUGGUGCCGAUAUGAUUACAUGGUCUCCCAUCAGUACGCCUGCUAAAAAUGUUGUCUACCUGAGUGACCGUGUGCAAUCAGAGAUGGGUAGUAAAAUCUGUGCUGCAGUGUCCCGCAGACCAUCGGGUUCAUCUUCUUUCUAUUUGUACCCUGAGCAUUCAAAAACAAAUUGUGGUAGCUCGCCUGUCUCUAGGACAGUAUCUUCUGCAUCCUUUAUUGGCCAAACAUUUCAAGGGAGCUGUUUUCGAUCUUGCUUCUCUUAUCAAAGGGGAAGCGUGCAAGUUAAAUGUGUUGGUAGUACUAAAGGACCUCAGAGGAAACACCUUGAAAUUUCAUUGGCAUGCCAAAAUUUAAAUAUGAGGCUUUUGGUCCCAAAACAAGGAAUGCUUCCUAGAAUCAAGUGUAACGUGGGACUAGUAUCUUGGCCACAAGGAUGUGCUUCGGCUGGCUUAAUUUUUGGGUUGCUGGUCUGUUAUUCGAGUUAUGAACCAGCACACGCUGAAGCAGCUCGGGAAAAGGGAGAUAAGGAAGAUGAUUGUGAUUUGUCACAUGUUAAAUUCUCACAUGGGAAGAAAGUCUACACUGACUACUCCGUUAUCGGGAUACCUGGAGAUGGGAGAUGUAUGUUCCGUUCUGUUGCUCAUGGGGCUUGUUUACGAUCUGGGAAGCCAGCUCCAAGUGAGAGCCUUCAGAGAGAAUUAGCAGAUGACUUACGGGCUAUGGUUGCAGAUGAGUUUAUCAAAAGGAGGACAGAGUCAGAAUGGUUUGUCGAAGGAGAUUUUGACAGAUAUGUUUCACAAAUAAGGAAGCCCCAUGUAUGGGGAGGUGAGCCUGAACUGUUCAUGGCUUCACAUGUUCUCAAGAUGCCAAUUACAGUCUACAUGCUCGAUGAAGACGCCGGUGGCUUGAUAUCCAUUGCCGAGUAUGGCCAAGAAGAAUAUGGCAAGGAAAAUCCAAUCAGGGUUCUCUACCAUGGUUUUGGUCAUUAUGAUGCACUGCAGAUUCCCGGAAAGAAGGGUGGUAGAUCAAGACUUUAAUUUUUAUACUUGACAUGCAGAGGAGUGGAUGUUGUUUGAAUUAUGUCCGGCCAAAAGUGUACUACAUCUGUAUCCUUCUUUUUACUUUAUACAUAUUGUAGUCAUUGAGUUUACAAAACAUUCGUGGCAAGCCGAGAAAAAUUCUUUCUUUUUCAUGGGCGCCAGCCGCCAGGAAUAAAUCUGAUACGGUCCCGCAUUAGCAGGAGGAGUUAAGUGCUUAUUAUUAUUAGGUAGAGUUGUUGCAGAAGUCUAGUCUAUUCUAUCUUAUUGUUAUUUGUUAUUGUUAUUUGAAUUUGAAUUUGAAUUUGAAUUUGAGAAGGUUAAUCCUAUCUUGUUUUGAGAUGGGAUGAUCUUUAUCUCUACGUAAGUGUAAGGCUAUAAAGCCCAGCAAGUUUAAUGAAUAAAAUAAGCAAUUAUUCAUCA